AUGGCUCACUCAGCUCAGAAAGGCAAAAUUCUCGCUGUAAUAGGUGAUGAAGAUACUGUGGUUGGAUUUCUACUUGGUGGUAUAGGGGAACUAAAUAAGGCUCGUCGACCAAAUUACUUAAUUGUGGACAAAAAUACCACAGUCAGUGAAAUAGAAGAAACAUUUAAAGACUUUUGUUCUCGUGAUGACAUUGCUAUAAUUCUAAUCAAUCAACAUAUCGCUGAACAGAUACGUUUUGCUGUUGAUGAAUAUACUGCGAGUAUACCAGCUGUGCUGGAGAUCCCAUCGAAGGAAGCACCUUAUGACCCAUCAAAAGAUAGUAUCAUGAGUCGAGCGAGAGGAUUGUUCAAUCCAGAUGAUUUCCGUUAA